GAUUCAUUCUACAACUCUUAACGCAACUCUUAACUCGUCAAACCUCAUGAAGUCAUUGCUUCCUUAGCAACAACAAAAACCAUAAAUACCCAAAUUGUAUCCCAUUUUAACUGGAUUCUCCAAAAAAAUCCAGCCCGCGACCACUUAUUCUCCAAAAUCUAGUUCAAUUUUCCGCCAAGUUUUGGCAUUUGUACUCGUUUGCUGCUCCCUAUUAACCAAAACCCUAGCCCUCUAGGGUUUUGUUUUCUGUUUCUGGGUCAAGAAUGGAGGAUACGGACGAGAGAAAGCUAUUUGUGGGUGGUAUUUCGUGGGAUACGACGGACGAAAUUCUUAAAGAGCAUUUUAGUAAAUAUGGGACGGUGAUUAGCUCUGUGAUUGCAAAGGACCGGAAUACGGGCACCCCCAGAGGUUUCGCUUUCAUCUGCUUUUCGGAAUCUUCUGCCGUUGAGCUUGCACUCCAAGAUUCCCAUGAAAUUCUUAGAAGAAUGGUAGACGUGAAAAAGGCAAUUCCCAGAAGUGAACAACAGCAAAGUCAACAGCAGCAUAAUAGGGGAUUGAGUAGGGAUACUAGGACUAAUGGUAGGAGCAAUGAUAAGUUUAGGACGAAGAAGAUUUUUGUAGGAGGUUUAUCAGCUAACCUAACUGAAGAAGAAUUCAGAAGUUACUUUGAGAAGUUUGGUACAAUUACUGAUGUAGUUAUUAUGCAGGAUAGUAUGACCCAUAGGCCAAGGGGUUUUGGGUUUAUCACUUUUGAUUUGGAGGAUUCUGUUGAAGAUGUUAUGAAGAAGAACUUUUACGAGUUGAAUGGAAAGCUCGUGGAGGUCAAAAGGGCUGUACCUAAGGAUGGAAUUAGCAGUAGUAACAAUGGUUCUAAUGGAAGACCAGGUGGUGGAAGUGGCUCUAAUUUUAACUCUUAUCAGCUAGGAAGUUGCCCGACUUAUAACCCGUAUUACCCCUCUGGAUAUGGCAAUGUUGCUGGGUACCCUUAUGGAACUGGAACUUAUGGUGGUGGUUAUCCCUCUGGAGGGUAUGGUGGACUUGGUUAUAAUCUCACUCCAAUUGCUCCUAGGAGUCCUUGGAAUGCUUCUGCAAUGAUUGGAGUUGGGGGAAGUUUGUUGCAUUAUGGUAGUACAACUCCCAUCUAUCCCUCGUACUUGAAUGGUGGUGCUGGAGUAAUGGGCUUUGCUGUCAAUGGAUAUAAUGGCAUUUUGGGAACUGGAUUCAAUGGAAAAUCAGCUCAACUUGGUAACACAGAUACUCAAGGUGCAGUUGAGCAAAUGCCUAGUCAGACUAGUAGGGGUAAUGUAGACGAUAAUUUUUAUAGUUCUAGUCAAACUGAUGGAGCUGCUGCUGAUAAACAGAAUCAAGAACGGAAUGAUGAGCAAUUUAAUUCUGAGCUGGUUGGUAUUUCUAGCUGACUGCUUGUGGAUAUUGACAGGCUUGUGGAUAUUGACAGGUUAGUAGUUUCUCGCAUUGAGGGGGUUGGGGUUGACUUGCUAUCAUUAUUCAGAUGUUCUUUCAUUAUGUGUAUUUUUAAUUCUUAUAAAGAUUUGGCUUGCAUUGUGUCAUAUUUAGUGUCAAUAAUUCAUGCAUUCAGGAUUCAGACUACUGUAUUAGAAUUCUUUUAUGUUUAAAUGUUCAUGGUGAUUUUCCAUUCUCACUGGUAAAAUAUUGGUGGCGAUUCCCUUGGAAAUCAAAGGUUUUCCCAAUGGGAACUGGUUUCUGCAGUUUAGCGUUUGUAACGUGUGCUGGUUUUAGUCCAUCUUUAUUUAACAAUUCCUUUUCUUGUUA